AUUCUGUGUGAUUUAACUUCCAUCGUUCAGCAACAACGUUUGUGCUAAAUUAUCAGUUAAAUGUUGAUAAGUACCAAAACCGGUAGCUGGUUCACAGGUACCUUAUGGAUGCAAUGGAUCGCAGGAAUAUCAACAUUUUUAAUGUUGAUGACGAUUGGCCUGAAAAUCGGAUGGACCUCGCCAUACACGGCGCAGCUAAUGUCAGCAGACUCGCCACUACCAUUGACCACCGACGAGGUAUCAUGGGUUGCAUCCCUAAUGAAUGUAGGCCGACUUUUAGGGGCGAUCUUCGGCUGCAUUGGGGUCGAAUGGAUCGGUAGAAAGCGAACGUUGACAAUCGUUGGUUUUCCAAUGAUACUAGCCUGGAUUUGUAUCAUCGUCGCCGACUCAGUAGCGUGGCUCUACGCAUCGAGGCUUUUAGCCGGACUGAGCUUGGGAAUAUCAUUCAGCAGCUUUCCCAUUUUUCUGGGAGAAAUUUCGAGUCCAAAAAUUCGAGGCACGCUGGUGACUCUCUCCGUUUCUGGAAUGGCCGUGGGAACACUAACCGGUAACAUAAUGGGUGCCAACCUCUCGAUGACGAUCUUUUCCUACAUAAGCCUGGUGCCAAAUGUAUGCUUCGUCCUGCUCUUCCUCUGGUUGUCUGAAUCUCCUCACUUCCUCGUACGCGACGGGAAAACAGAGGAUGCGAUGAAAUCUAUAAUCCGGUACAACCCGAACAUAGAUCCUGAGAUCGAGUACAAAUCAAUAAGGAACUACAUCGAAAGCUCAGGUUCUCCGACAAUCAAAGAACGGCUACGAGAGUUCAACAUACCGGAGAAUAAACGAGCCAUGAUCAUCACAAUCGUAUUGUACUUCUUCAUGCAGUUCAGCGGGAUGAAUUCUAUAAUUUAUUACCUGGAAACAGUUCUCACUUCUGCCGGGGUGAGCGUCAUCCAGCCCUCUACGUUGGUGAUCAUAAACAGCGGAGCAGCAGUUUUGACUGGGUGGGUUGCGGUGUACAUAGCUGAUAAAUUCAGGCGCAAGGUACUUAUGAUAUUCUCAAGCGUUGGAGUUUCCGUGACCAUGCUGGGGUUGGGGGUACACUUUGCUCUAUUGGAUAACGGGUUUGAUCCUAACUCAUUGCAAUGGCUGCCAAUCACGACUACGAUACUUUUUAUGAUUAGUUUCUGCGUUGGAAUGAUUGGCGUACCCAGUAUGAUUCUAAGCGAGCUUUUCGCCCCUAACAUAAAAAGUGUGGCGGCCGGUAUGAUUGGCAUUUUGAGUGGGCUUUUCGCCUUCGGGGCGACUAAGUCAUACCAACCUUUGAUAGACACCGUAGGAGAGGCUUGGGUUUACUGGUUGCACGCGUUGCUCAUGAUAUUCUGCACAAUCUUUUCUGCAGUUUGGAUACCGGAAACGAAAGGCAAAUCACUACAGGAAAUUCAAAAUUUAUUGAUGAAAAACCGAGGUCUUCUCGGUUCCCUCUUUGCUCAGCCUUGGAAGACUGGAGGAAUUGUGGGUUCUUUCAAUGCAGUUGAAGAGGCCGUGAUGUUCCAGACAGCGGGGCCAAGGAACCACGACGUUCUAGGCUUAACUUCCAAUCCGAGUGAACCACGAUCAGUCGGUCCGGAUCACCCCGAGGAAGGCGGAGUGAGCCUCCGGUCGCUCUCCCAAGUUGUAAUCAAUAUGAUAUCAAGAUUCGCGUCCAAGCAUAGCCAGUGGUUGCAAUGGGUCAGCGCUUUAGCAGCUCAACAGAUGCUCUUUGUCGGCGGAUUGAUGCUGGGCUGGUCAUCACCGUACCUGGCUCAAUUGACAGCCGCGGAUUCGCCGCUCCCCAUAACAACAGACGAAGCGUCUUGGGUAGCAUCGCUUAUCAGCAUGGGUCGGUUAUUAGGAGCCAUUCUUGGGGCAGUCAGCGUUCAAUUUCUCGGAAGUAAAAGAACGCUGAUCAUCAUCGGUUUCCCAUUCAUCCUCAGCUGGAUUUGCCUGAUCGUCGCGAACUCCGUGGUUUGGCUAUACGUAGCGAGGUUCUCCUCCGGAGUGAGUAUUGGCAUGGCUUUUAGCAGCUUUCCUCUUUUCAUCGGAGAAAUUUCAAGCCCUGCGAUUCGAGGAGCGUUGGUGACCCUUUCGACGACUGGACUGCCGGUCGGAACGCUCGCUGGGAAUAUAAUCGGUGCCUACAUCUCAAUGGCCAUCUUCUCCUACAUCAGUCUGGUGCCUACCAUCGCUUUCAUCAUCCUCUUUCUCUGGUUACCUGAGUCUCCUCAUCAACUCGUUCGCAGGGGCAACCUGGAGGCUGCAGGGAAAUCGAUAAUCAGAUACAACCCAAAGGCAGACGUCAAGUCCGAAGUAGCCGCGCUGAACGAUUUUAUAACGAGCACAAUCGCUCUGACAUUUAUGGAUCGACUGCGAGAAUUUAAUAUACCGCGGAAUCGGAAAGCUGGUACCAUCGUAGUGCUCUUGUACACGUUCAUGCAAUUUAGCGGAUUGAACAGUGUGACGUUUUACAUGGAGAUCAUCUUGACUGAUGCCAAACUGACCGUCAUUGAUCCUGCUAUGAUGGUCAUAAUUCUUGGAGCACUCGGAAUCGUUGCCGGAUGGCUCGCGAUGUACAUGGCCGAUAGGUUAGGUCGAAAGAUUUUAAUGGCCGGCUCGAGUCUUGGAGUAGCUUUGGCCAUGGUCGCCCUUGGCGUGCAUUUUAUUCUUCUCGAGCAAAGCUUUGACCCCGUGCCAUUGCAAUGGCUGCCAAUACUAUCCCUGGUAAGUUACCAGGUAUUUGUUUAUCUCGGAGUGACACCAGUGCCCAGUAUGAUUCUCAGCGAGAUAUUCGCGCCCAACAUAAAAAGCUUGGCAGCUUGCUUAGCAAGCAUUUCUGCGGGCUUAACAGGAUUCAUUUCCUCCAAGACUUAUCAGCCGCUAGUGGAUGUUUUCGGCGAAGCAUACGUCUUUUGGAUUCAGGCAGCGAUAAUGGUUAUUGCGAUGAUAUUCACGCUGGUUGUCGUUCCCGAAACAAAGGGAAAAUCGUUACAAGAGAUUCAGCAAUUACUGAUGAACAAGUAAAAUCUCACAGAAAAACAUAUUUGUCGUGUACGUUGUCCAGAGUUGUAUGUUCAACACAGUUCUGAAUCGUUCUAAACCAAUGACCGUCGUCCUCAGCACUUCGCUACGAUAAGAAUCAGAAUUUUUUUUUUUCUGAGCUAGAUAAAUCGUUAAUCGUCAAUUAGAAGUGAGAACGAAUGAUGAGUUGCUUACCAGGCAAGUAAACAGAAGCUAUAAUUUUUCACCUAGUUUCAUACCUAUCAAUCUUACAGUUUUUUUCAACAACACGAUUACGCACAAAAACUGACGCGCAUUUUGCAAUAUCUAGCAAAUCUUAGUACUGUAAAUAUGCUCGAAGGAACGAGCUAACAAGUUGGUCCAGCGUCAUCGUAAAUCACAAAGAUUGACUAAAAUUAGGAGCUAGCAUAAAACACAUAGGUGGUAAAAUGUCUACAUUAUACUCAUAGUAGGCGACGUAAUUUCUAAAACUUCUUUAACUUAAUUAUUUGAACAUCAUUUCUUAGAUAAUUUUUAUAAUAAUUUUUUAAAUUUGUAUGCAUAUUAUAAGAUACAUGCACAAAAUAAA